GCCGCUUGAUGUGUAGAUGGUGCAGCCAGUGAUGCAACAGCAAGUGACUGGUGCUGGUCAAUAAACCCAUCUCCUCUUGGGAAUUCCUAAUGAUGCCCAAGGGUGGGGUAAUGGGAAAACCCGGGUGAAGGAAAUGUCCCCAGAAAAGUGGAAGAGCCAGUAUCCUGUUGGCUAAUGGUACCAACACUACUGGGACCAGAUCCGUUUAGAAAAGGCGCAGUCGCGGAUGCGAUAAUGCGGUUGCUGAAACUGAAAGGAUUAGAGGAGCCAGUACUUUAAUUUUGCAUGGAGCUUUUGGAAAAUUACUGCAAUGCUGUAAAUCAGAACCUCAGUUAAGUUCGGUAGCUGUAGUGGGAGGGAAGUGGAAGAAUCCAGUGACAGCCACCAGAGUUUUAGAAAAUGCAGAGUUUGAUGCUCUUCUGUAGAAGAGGAUAUAUUUAAACCCACAUUUGUCUGAAGGAUCAGUGUUUAUCCUAAAUAUCAUGGUUUAACAUCCCAAAAGUGUAAGAGGCAGACGUACAAAUGUCUACCACAAGACUAAAGUGUGACAUGUUAUGUUCUUUACCAUAAGGACCCAUAAAAUGAGCUCCAUUACAGACAGAGAUGAUGGUAGUAUUUUUGAUGGUCUGGUGGAAGAAGAUGACAAGGAUAAAGCAAAAAGAGUGUCUAGAAACAAGUCUGAAAAGAAACGUAGAGAUCAGUUUAAUGUUCUCAUCAAAGAGCUUGGUUCCAUGCUUCCGGGUAAUGUUCGGAAGAUGGAUAAAUCCACUGUACUGCAGAAAAGCAUUGACUUUUUACGGAAGCACAAAGAAAUCACUGCACAGUCAGAUGCCAGUGAAAUUCGACAGGACUGGAAACCUACAUUUCUUAGUAAUGAAGAGUUCACACAGUUAAUGUUGGAGGCUCUUGAUGGUUUUUUUUUAGCAAUCAUGACAGAUGGAAGUAUAAUAUAUGUGUCUGAGAGUGUAACUCCCUUACUUGAACAUUUGCCAUCUGAUCUUGUGGAUCAGAGUGUAUUUAAUUUUAUCCCAGAGGGGGAACAUUCAGAGGUUUAUAAAAUACUCUCUACUCAUCUGCUGGAAAGUGAUUCAUUGACACAAGAAUAUUUAAAAUCAAAAAAUCAACUAGAAUUCUGUUGCCAUAUGCUGCGAGGAACAAUAGAUCCGAAAGAACCACCUACAUAUGAAUAUGUAAAGUUUAUAGGAACUUUUAAGUCUUUGAAUAAUGUCCCCAACUCAGCACACAACGGUUAUGAAGGAACUAUCCAGCGGCCCCAUCGGCCUUCAUAUGAAGACAGAGUUUGUUUUGUAGCUACAGUUCGGUUAGCUACACCUCAGUUUAUCAAGGAAAUGUGCACUGUUGAAGAGCCCAAUGAAGAGUUCACAUCUAGACAUAGCUUAGAAUGGAAGUUCCUAUUCUUGGAUCACAGGGCACCUCCAAUAAUAGGCUAUUUACCAUUCGAAGUUCUGGGGACAUCGGGCUACGAUUACUAUCAUGUAGAUGACCUAGAAAAUCUGGCAAAAUGUCAUGAACACUUAAUGCAAUACGGGAAAGGGAAGUCGUGUUAUUACAGGUUCCUGACAAAGGGGCAGCAGUGGAUUUGGCUACAAACACAUUACUAUAUUACUUAUCACCAGUGGAAUUCCAGGCCAGAGUUUAUUGUCUGUACACACACUGUAGUAAGUUAUGCAGAAGUUCGAGCAGAAAGAAGGCGAGAACUUGGUAUUGAAGAGUCUCUUCCAGAGAUAGCAGCAAAUAAAAAUCAGGACUCCGGAUCCGAUAAUCAUAUAAACACGGUCAGCCUCAAAGAAGCAUUGGAAAGAUUUGAUCACAGUGGUACACCUUCUGCUUCCUCCAGGAGUUCGAGGAAAUCUUCGCAUACUGCAGUCUCAGAUCCUUCAUCAACGCCAACAAAGAUGACAAUGGACACUAGCACUCCUCCAAGACAAAACUUAUCUGGUCAUGAAAAGACUGCACCAAGGAGGUCAUCGCUUAGUAGUCAGUCCUUAAACGCCCAGUCUGUUGGACAACCAUUAGCACAGCCAAUGAUGUCUCAACCUGCAACUUUACAGAUCCAGCCAGGCAUGUCCCAGCCUAUGUUCCAGUUUUCAGCCCAGUUGGGAGCCAUGCAGCACCUAAAGGACCAGUUGGAGCAAAGAACACGAAUGAUAGAGGCAAAUAUUCAUCGGCAGCAAGAAGAGUUGCGUAAGAUUCAAGAACAGCUUCAAAUGGUCCAUGGUCAAGGGCUUCAGAUGUUUUUGCAGCAAUCAACUCCUGGAUUAAACUUUGGUUCUGUGCAGCUUACUUCUGGGAACUCUUCUAACAUUCAGCAUCUUACACCAAUAAACAUGCAAGGUCAAGUUGUUCAAGCUAAUCAGAUUCAAGGCGGAAUGAACACUGGGCAUAUUAGUACUCAGCACAUGAUGCAGCAGCAGCCCUUGCAGAGUACAGCAACACAGCAUACUCAGCAAAAUAUACUUAGUGGGCACAGUCAACAGACUUCUCUUACCAAUCAGUCACAGAAUACACUUUCAGCCCCCUUAUAUAACACAAUGGUGAUCUCCCAGCCAACGACAGGAAAUGUUGUGCAGAUUCCAUCUAGUUUACCACAAAACAACAACCAGAGUGCUGCAGUAACUACUUUCACCCAGGACAGACAGAUCAGAUUUUCUCAAGGUCAGCAGCUUGUCACAAAAUUAGUCACUGCCCCUGUAGCAUGUGGAGCAGUGAUGGUACCGAGCACUAUGUUUAUGGGACAGGUGGUGACUGCCUACCCCACUUUUGCUGCACAGCAGCAGCAGCCACAGACAUUAUCAAUAACGCAGCAGCAGCAGCAACAGAGUCAGCAAGAGCAGCAACAGCAGCUCAGUACAGUUCAGCAGUCGGCUCAAGCUCAGCUGACGCAGCACCCGCAGCAGUUCUUACAGACAUCCAGGCUACUUCAUGGAAAUCAAUCAACUCAGCUUAUUCUCUCUGCUGCUUUCCCACUACAACAAAGCACUUUUACUCAAUCACACCACCAGCAGCAUCAAUCUCAACAGCAGCAACUGUCACGACAUAGAACUGACAACAUGAUUGAUCCUUCCAAAGUUCAGCCACAGUAGGACAGGAAUUCACUUCUUCUAGAAGCAAACAGCAGGGAGGAGCUGCUCCAUAAACAGUUGCACUGAUGAUAGUAGAGGUAGGAGUCCAAAGGCUUUAUAAAGUACAGUAUUGAGGUCACGUCUAACUUCUGGGAAUCUGUUUGCAGAAGAAACUACUUCAAAAUGUUGUCGAGGUACCUUGGAUACAAACAGCAAAAAGAUAACAGGGACAUGGCCAACUUUUACCGUCUUUUAAUUGUCCCAAUUUCUGUGUUCUGAAGGAUGUGCUACCACGUAGUAACUUGUCCAGAUCAAGGCUCAAACCUCAAUGAACCGAAAAGGGUACUAAAAAUGUUGGUAUCUUUAGCAGGCCUGUAAGUUUGUCAAAUGUGACCAUGGACACCCAGUUGCUCACAAUAAUUCUACAAAUACAGUCCAAAAGACAUUUAAUUUUUUUUUCAGAUGAUUAUGGGACAAGUAAAUAUUUUCAAAAUGUUGUGUGGAAUCAGAUUCUGUAUUGUACAGAUGUUGUAAAAUAAUGUGUAUAUGUCUGGAUAAAAGGAGAGAGAGCAAAAAUAUUUUAUAUGAUGCAUGAAAAUGUAAUCUUGUUGUUUGUAGGUUUGAAUGUUUCCCUAAAUUCUCACACCAUGCUCCAACUAAUAUUUUCCUCUGUUCUACCCUUUUGUUUACAACAUGAUGCAUCAUAAUUUUCACCCUUAAUGUGGGCACAAGUCUCUUGUUUGUGCUUUGUCUGCGAUGUCGCAGUUUGUUCAGUGAGGUAUAGUGUGCUGGUUAGUGGAUUUUUUGGGGUUAAAUUAUUGAUGAAAACUGUUUGAACUGAUGGUCACGCAUCAGGAUUCAAGACAUUCAGAUUUCAGAAAUAUCAUCCAUUUCACAAUUAUUCAUUGUUUUUUGAUUGAAAAAUAGGAAUUUGCACUGGUUUAUUGUGGAUGGUUUGGAAUUUUACUCCCCAAAGCUAUCUUUUGAGAUCAUAGUUGGAAAUAUUUAUGUAAAAGGUUUUAAAAAAACUACAUGAAAGUAAUUUUCAAGAAUGUGUCAGUUAUAGGAGUAAUUUGCACAACAAUAUAUUUACACUUAAUAACAUUUUAGGCACUUUUUAACCACCUUCUCUGUGGUGAGAAUUGUAACUUUUUAAAAUAUGUUGGAAUCUUUUUAUUCUCCUUUAAAAAUUAGAUCUUUCUUUAGUCAAAACUGAUUCAGGGUCAUUUUAAAACAAAAAAAGAAGAAACCCAUAGUGCCUUGAUUUUAAUUCAGGUGAUAAUAUUGAACAUCUUGAAUUAUGUUGUCUUGAAUCUGUUACAAUUUCACAAUUUUGAAGUCUUAGUACAAUCUCAACAAAAUAUGUUUCUACUUCAGAGCUAUAUCUUGUUUGUGUUCAUAUAUACAAAUAUUUUAACAAUCAUCUGAGUUGAGAUAAUGAGCAUUUUUUAAAGGAGUGCCUCCCCCCUCAAACACUAAAAUGGAAACAGGUAUCUAAUGAUUUACCUGUAAAGUGUUCAGAGAGUAAGGAGUAGCGCUCCAAAACACAGAUUAGUCAUUUUGUGGUGGGGGGGACUUCUUAGCUCAGAUCCAAUUUUACUUUAUUGAUUGGAAUUUAAUGAAAAAAUAAAGAGGGGAUUAAGACUCCAUGCUUAACACUCUGAGGAUUGACUAAAAGGGAUACCACUAAACUAAGACUUCAGAAGGCAACCUCACUUUAUAAAGAUAAUAAAAAGUUCCAACAGAAAUGAUUUCCUAUUUUUAAAUGUUCAGUAAAUUUCUAUGGUACUACUUCAUCCAAAUCACAUCUGCAGAGCAAAUGAGCUAAUACCAAGAUAGACUUGGUAGUUAAAAAAGAAAAUGAAUUAAAAUGAACACUGAGGAGGGAAAGUUUUUAGUCAAGAAGCUGAAUUAAGUUAGAGUAUUAGGGAAGAGCUGUAUGAAUGUAACCAAAUUGUGAUGGAAUAUUAAAUGUUAGGAACAGUUUGAUUGUAUUUAUUGGGUGACCAGCGCUGACGGAAAGGUAGUGCUAAGUUAGUGAACACUAGAUGCAGUUACCUUUUGAGGCUUCUUCCUAAAAUGAGCCUUGACCUCUCCACUGUCAUCUCCUCAUCAGAUUAGCCCUUACCUCCAAGCCAUAAAGCAACAGGUCAACAGUGGAUCCUGGGAGAAUCACAGUGGAAAAGGGAAGAGGGUAUAAGAAGUAAAGAACCAAAGAGAACUGCUCCAGGAAGUCUCUUGCAACAAGGGGUAGGAACAGAUACAAAUUAAACAAAUCCAGGAAACUUUCCAUCUCUGUGCUCUUUAAAGGCAUUUCUGUCAUUCCCUGAACCAGUAGAAUUGUCAGAAACAUAUUUUUUUUUUAAGUUUUAGAAAAGCAAAACUCCAUUGACUUUUUUUUUUCCAAAUUGCCUUGCUAAUCCUGCCAUACCAUUCCGCCUGUAUCCAAAAUUUAAGCUGCAUUGACCAGAGGUCCAUUCCAUGAAGACUUUUAGUGGGAAAUAGACCUGUUAGAUAAAGGUUUUAACCUAACUACAAUAAUAAAAUAGCACUAAAGAAGAAAAUUGGGAGAGCUUUAAUAUUACUCUUAGAAAUAUAGUGUGGUGGUAAAACCAGCCAAUAAGCUGUAGCAGUUGCAGCUACAGUAAAUGCAGAGCAUAACCAGCAGACAGCAGAGAGAGUUUUAUAUACAAGCUUCAUUCAAACCCCUUCUAUCAACCAAAAAAAUACUGUGGUGUGCUGUUGUAGGUCAGACAGUAAAAAGGCAGCCUAACUUAGGUGUGGGAGGUUUUUAUACAAACAUAGCUAUUGGAAGAGGACUAAGAGGAAAAAAUCUGCCCUUUGAUCAAGAAGCCUUCCAUAAGCUCAGAGGGGAAAGUCAUCCAAAAAUGAAGCUACACUUUACCUGCUAGCUGAUAAAGAGAAGGGGAAUUCUAAGAGGCUGGAAAAUGAUUACAUAAAUUUGAAAAGCUUCUGCCACAAUUCCGGCAAAUGUUUAAAAAAAGAACAGAAGAAGCACACAGUAUUUCACUGACUCUAAUUGGCGUAGAUGCUCUGCUUCUCCUUCACUGACUGUUAAAGGAUUUGUGUUCAAACAAGGUGCUCACUUCUGCUCCUAUUAAAGGCAGUUGCAAAACUCCAUUGACUUCUGUGGGAAAAAAAUUGGGCCCCAGUCUUUCUCUCUUCUAAUCAGCUUGCUGCUUCUGCCCAGCUUAUUCGCUUGUGUGGCAGACCUGUUGUUUGUGAUGUCCCAAUAGAUAUCACAGCAGUGAAUGCUAUGAUGUUUAAUGUUACAGAAUGACUCUGACAGGAGUGAGGAAGUUGGCUAAGAGGGAAAAAAUGUUGUAUUAUGGAUAAAUGCCUUGGUGACAUACAGUUAAGUAAAAUAUCAUGCUGUAUUUUCUUAAUAGAGUUUUGAUGAGAAAAUUAGUAAGUUUGCCUGGGUUGGGUAAGAACUCAAAGAAAAGCCUCAGAAUUUCAGAGGGAAAAGAAAUAUAGCUAUUUUUAUAUUAUAUUUAAUAUAUGUUAUAUUUGUAUAUAAAUAUGAAAAGAUUAUAGUAAGAACUCUCCAUAUGCCUUCCAUUUUAUCUAAACGUUUACCUCCUGGUGCUGUGGCUCCAGUGUAUCACCAUCUUUGUAGGCAUUAUGCCUGCUGCCAACCAACAUCAAAGUUAAUGUUCCAAUAUCCUUGCAACAGAUAGGCCCCCGUUCAGCAGUAUGCCUAACUUGAAGCAUAUAAGUUAGUCCAAUUUAAGUGAAUGCUGACAUACCGUGCUGAAUAGGGUCCUUAGUUCUCACUGCCCAUGCUGGCAAUUUUUCAUGGGAAAAGGAGAAACCCUCGCAAGACUCAAGUAGCGCAGUUUGAAAAAAGGUUUUGGAAUAAUGAUAAGCACUUUACUGAAAAGAACUAUUUGUAAAACAGUUAAUUAUUUUAGGCAAUGGAACGGAUCAAAAGUGGCCCAAUGGAAUCCGAAUGUAGAAAACUGUCAAAAAGAGGCAUUUCUGGAAAAUGUUUCUAAAUGUGGUGAUCCUUUGAGGCUCUAAAUGUGAGAUUAAAAAGGCAUCUAAAAUUGGUUGAUUUUGUUUUAAUAUGGCCUUGGGAAAGGCUAAAUCUACAUAAAUACUGGCUUCUUGUAGAGAUUUCUUUUAAAGUUGCACAAUUGCCUGUGAGACAGAAAUGAUCAGGAGGGUUAUUAGCCUGUUCAGUAAUUCUAAACAGCCCUUGGGAUUAUAAUUUGCAUUAAAAUAUGUGUAGAGGGUUUACAGAUGUGGCCUUUAGUAGAUUGUUGCAGUCCCCAAUUCUAGAAUAACUGGUAUUCUUAGAGAUAAAACCAGAUGUAGUUCUGAGUGCAUUUUAAAUGUCAUGGCAUCAUGCGAUGUCAGCACAUGCAUGUUAGAUUUGUGUCUCCCUUUGAAAUCAUUCUUGAAACAAGAUACUCAUUGAGAAGGGCUGGGGAAAUUAUUAUUUUUGGCUAAACAGGAGAAAAAGACCAGCAUAGAACCGAAUCUUCUUUUUUUACUCGUCCCCAGUGGAAAAAGUUAAAAACUAUUUGAAACUAAUUGGGAUAAAGAAUUUUGUAUGCAAUAUAUUUGAUGUUGAAUGGCUCAUAGUAAAUGAGAUAAAUUUCAAGAGAGAUUUUUAAAUUAAAUCUGGUUGUCCAUUAGAACUUUUUUUUUAAUAUCCUGAUUUUAACACUACAUUCCUUGUUUUUUUCUUUAAUAAACAAGUAAUUUACAGGCUCUGUUUGCUUCAUGCUUUGUCAUCUGCAUGGGUUUGGCCAGCAUGGUAUGCUAAACUGUACCUACAAAUAAAGAGGGAAAACAAAACACUGUGUAUGAACAAAAUACUGUAUUGCCUGAUAUGGAGAUCCGAACUCCCAAGACUGACAGGUGCUGCUCUAACAGACAAUCAAAAUGGGCGACUAUUUAUGAAAGACUUUUGGGAAUGGUCUUAAAGAAGUAACUGCUUUGGAAGCAGUUGAGUUUUUUAAAUAAGGUAAAACUAUUUAUUUUAAAAUAUAUCAAUUGGAUUGAAUGUUGAGUUUUUAAGCAGUGUUGAAUUCACAGUGUCUUGGGUUUUGGUUUGGUUUUGUACUUUCUAACUGGCAUUAGAUUUGUAUAUGUAGAAAACUAGUGCCACUGAUACUGACGUCAGGAAAUGUAGAUACAGUUUCCUGGUGUUCAUCUGACCAUUACUAACUGUCCAUUUUUUUAAUUGAAUAAAUGUAACUCAUUUGAAAUUCUA